GAUAUCGCGCGUGUGCGCGGUUUUCCCACCGGUCGUAACGCCGACGGUAGCUUACCCCGUCGCAACGCUUUCCGCAAGCUCCCGGCUGACUUGCGGAGGCUCGUGUCUCGUGUGUAACGCGACGCUGAAACGCUCAGCACAAACAACAUCCAAAACAUCCCCUAAUUCAGUGCAGCAACCACUCCAACUCAUAAUACUAGUAAUAACAUAGUCUAACAAUAUAAGUGCGGUGUAUUAGACUAAAAUGUGAAUAGACCAAGAAAGUGUUGUGUCCUGCUCUAAAAUCAACCCUUAAAAGCUCAAUACAUUAAAAUGGUAUGGUUAUAGACCGAUAAAAAUAACAAUUUCAAAUAUUUGAGAUUUUUUCUGUUUGGGGUGGAAAUAUAAGUGUGAAAAGUGUAAAAAAAUUAGAAGGGUGGUUUUUCUCAAUGAAUACAUAAUGGGCCGAGACGAACGGUGCGCUAAUGGCAGCGCAUCGAGCACUGUUUCAACCAUUGAACAAAUGUAUGUAGAUACAUAGCAAGAAAUUAAACAUUCGUUAGAUUAAUUGAUCGAUAACUGUAAAAACACUGGCGACCUUGACAAAGUUGGAAAUAGUUGGCUCACGAACAGCAAACAACUGCAAAUUUUAAAAUAAAAGUGUGUGCGACUUGACGUUCACGCGUCGAGGACUUUGCUUCAGUGUAAAAGUGAAUAAAAAUUGUUUAAAAUCAUGGAUGGAAUUAGCUGGGACUGGGCGAUGGGCGGCGUGAAUAAGACGGUGCCGCGCAAUGCAGGACCCGAGUGCGCCGAGUUCUUGGAUCCGACGUAUCGGCUCAUCGAAACCGCAAUUGUUCUUGUCGCCAUGGUACUCACGUUUGUGUGGAGCUACCGCAGGAUCAAAUUGCCCACGCCGACUUCGUAUGGUGCGCGGCGUGACCGCGGGGGGCGGCGCACUCUUCUUGUCCUUAUGUCGCUCAUCUGGGGCAUGGAGAUUGGCUACAAGUUCUCCUCAAGGACUGUGAUAUACUUGUUGAAUCCUUGUCACGUUACAACUGCACUACAGAUUUAUUUGUUAGCAGCAUCACCGAACAAAAUGGUCACCGCUGUGUUUCGGUUUCAUUUGAAUCUUCUCAAUGGCCCACUGCUUGCAUUCCUCUUUCCCGAAACAGAUUCGCGCAUCCUACCGUUGGAGGCUGCCAUCUAUUGGAUUCAACACGGAAUGAUGUGUGUCGUGCCUUAUUAUCUACUGCGUCUCGGAGGAGUGUACAAUGUUGAGGAGUUCUCAGAUUUCAGUUGGAAUGUUUUGAGUUAUUCCAUCAACAUAAUCUAUCAUUUUGCUCUCUUGCAAGUCUUUGCCAUUCCAACUGAAGUUAACCUCAAUCACAUGAUCUGCCCAGCCAUCUUGGAUCCAUUCGGUGGUCCUUAUUAUCGCAUAGCCGCUUUCUUUCACCAGGCCAUUUUGUGCCCGUUGCUGUGCAAGCUUUUCAUCGCCGUGUCGGCGUUCUUCCUCACCAAGUUCCGCCCGACGAAAGUCAAGCAAACGUUGUGUUGCGAAGUGGCUGCUCCCAACUCAAACGGAGACACUAGCGAGAUGAGUAAUCAUCUGCAUCGCGACUAAAAAGUCCUUAGACUAGUUCUAGAUAGGCCUAGACAUAGACCUAAACCUAGACAACCACUGAAGAGGCAAAUGAACAAAACUUUUUGAUGAGAAAUGCAAACCGUUUGCUAUAAUUUUAAGUUUUACCAAAGAUACAAGUUUGCUUAGCAAAAAACCUAGAAAACUAGCUACAAACCAAAUAAAUAACCUCAAAGUUUACAUUUUAAUAAGCAGUUUGCGUUUGAAAUUAUAAAGCAUUAGUUUGACUGAGCAUAUUUUAAUUAAACAAUUGGAAAUUGUUUCUUUAAAAACAAAUAUUUGCGAGUAGAUAACUCUUAGUGAAAAUGCAAUAAAACGAGACGAGAGCCUUCUUAGUCGUCCUAAGUAAUAUAGAAGAAAAAAGUCAUUAAAUUUAAAUUUAAACUAAAAAAAAUUUAAAACAUUGGAAAGUUAACUUGUAGAGAAAAUAUAAAUUAAAAUGUCAAUUCAUUAUGAUUAAUAUCGCUUUGUUAAUCGUAAUAAAACGAUAAUAAGCUUAACUAAUUCGGAUAAAAUUGAGAAUUUAAAAGGACGAGAAAUGAUAAGCUCAAAAAAUCAAUUAAAACAAAAGAGCAUACCAAAUUAAAACGUUGUUUAACAUAUAAGUUGUUAAGUUAUUAGUUAUAUCGAACUUUGUUGGUUGUUAAUAAUCGUUUGAAUGUUAAAACUCACGGUUUUGUAGAUGCUCAAGCAAAAUCAUUAGAAAUCAUUCCAUGAAAAUGUCGCAUUCACACGACAAAGAAUGAAUCAAUAUCAUUAUGAUCAAUGAUUCCAUGUCGAAACAUUCCAUUACAACACUUUGGUUCUAUUUAUGAUCGCGUUCAAUGUUAACGACACGUGUAAGCAGUACUUACUUGCUAAUGAAAACAAUAACAUAAUUAUGUAUUGUAGUCGAACGCAAUUAGCGUAGCAACGAUCGAAGCGAUGAUAACGAGUAGACGACGAUUAGAUAAUUUUGGGGACAUUAUAGGUCAUGCGAAGUUGGUUGAGAUUUGAGGAAACUAUACAAAAAAUAAAAACAAAAUAGUAGUGAGAGUAAUUUCUAGAUAGGUAACUAGAUGCGAAUAUUAAAAAGUUGAAUUGAUUGCCAUCAAGCCAGAAAAAUGUAUUUAUAACCAAAUCUUACACAUCUUAACCUCUGAAGUCACUUUUGAGGUUAAGUAUGAAAUUCUGGCUGAGCUUGUAAGGAAUAACGUUGUUAACUUUGCUGAAAGUAGAAUGAAAAUGGUUGCGAGAAAGUUUCGAAGGCAAACACUGCAAAUACACAUAGUAAUAAUAAACAAACAUAAAGUCCAUUGAUAGUUCUAUGAUGUACAAUUAUUACACAAUGCGUAGCGCUAAGAAUUUGCAGUCAAAGACGAAGAAUAAUAAUUUUUGUAUUCGAAAGUAGAUGUAGCAGAGAAUCGAUGUAGUUAUGUAUAAUUCCAACAAUCCUCUAAUAUGCCUAAUGUCCAAACUUCAACCUUGAACUUGUGUUGGCGUUUUCUUGUGUUGUACAAUAUUGUCUAAGCAGUUGUUUGAUAUCUACAAGUUUUUACAUUUGAUGUAAACCCAAGCAGCGUUUAUCAAAACAAAUACUACUUACAUAUUCAAAACGAAUCUACUACAAUGCAAUGCGUUCGAAUCUCGCUUGUUGUACACAUUACAUUCUAUCACCAAAGAGUUGUAAAAUUGUAUAUUAAUUAAAUAAAAAUUACUUAUCAAAA